GGCCGCGCGGGGCUGCAAAAGCUGGCUCUUUAAAAGCCCUCCACGCGGGCCCGGCCCGGCGCAGCCCUGCCGAGAGCCGGAGGAGCCGGGGCGGAGACGAUGCCCUCCGAUCUGCUGACCCCCUUUGUGGAGCUGGACGAUCCUCUGUGCCAGGCCUUCCUGAGGCUGAACGUGGCGGAGGAGCCUGGCCCCACGGCGAGAUGCCCGGGGGGAUACCAGCGCACCUUCUCCGCCUGCCCGGCGGCGCCGUCCGGCAGCGCUGAGCCCCUGGAGGAGGCUGCGGGUGCCUCGGGUGCCCUCUGGUCCCUCCACGGCCAGUGGGGCUGGGCCCCAGCGCUGCCCCGCACCAGUCUCCAGCGCCUCCCAUUCCGGGCGGAGCGCUCGGCCAGCGUGAUCGAGGGCUGCCGGGAGGGGGCGGCCGCCUCGGCCCGCUACAAGACGGAGCUCUGCCGCACCUACCAGGAGAGCGGGGCCUGCAAGUACGGGGCCAAGUGCCAGUUCGCCCACGGGGCCGGGGAGCUGCGGACCCUCAGCCGCCACCCCAAGUACAAGACGGAGCUGUGCCGGACGUUCCACACGGCCGGCUUCUGCCCCUACGGCUCCCGCUGCCACUUCAUCCACAACGCGGAGGAGCAGCGCCCCCCCUCCUUCUCCCGCAGCGCCUCCCUGCCCUCCGCCUCACUGCCUGUCCCCCUCCGGCCGCCCGGGCCCUGCGGCUGCUGCCACCCCGCCGGGGAUCCCCCCUCUUUGGCCUUUCCGGCCACCGCCACUCUGGGCCAGGACGGAGCAGGGGGGACCCCGGCUGCCCCCGACGCCUUCGCCUUCCCCGGGCAGCUGUUGCUGCAGAGGAGCCCUUCCUCCGACUCCCUCUCGGAUCAGGAGGACUCGGGAGGCAGCAGCGGGUCCGAGUCGCCAGGACUGGGGCCCGGCGGGCGCCGGCUCCCCAUCUUCAGUCGCCUGUCUGUCUCCGACUAGCCGGUGUGCAGCGAACCUCCAGCACGGGCCCUGCCCCCCCUGCCCUUUGCUGGGGCAAAUGCUUAAAUCGCUGCCUCUCCACCGAGAGGCUGGGACCUGGGGGGGGGUGGGGGAGGAGGUACAAUAUUGGAUCAGAGCUGAAGGGGUUAAUCGGUUCCAGGGUUCAGUGUGUAGGGGCAAAACCCCCCUCUGGGAUCAUGUGAUCAGUAACCCAUGGGCCAGAUCUUCUACUUCUGGUAUAAAUCAGGGCUCAUUCCACUCCUAUUGGAGUCUGACCCCCCCUGUAUUGCAGAAGGGCAGAGGAGAACUAGGCCUGGGAAGGGGGUGCUUCUCUCCCCCCCCCCCCACGCCUAUCACCAUGUGCCUCAUACCAUUGCUUAUACCAGUGUAUACUGCUGCUGGAUGGGAUGGGGUUGGAGUCUUGCACUGGUGUAAACCACCAUGCAAGGAGGAAAAGCCUUUCAGUGGUGAACACAGCCUGGGCUAUUCUUGCUUGGGGGGCUGGGGAGGCAGAGGCAUCACGAGACCUCCUGAUCUCUGCAGCCCGGGUCCGUGGGUGGAUUCUGAGUCAGAUCUCCUGACCCAGAGGCCGCUUCUGGAAACUCGGAUGCGUGACCUUGUGUCUUCCAAAACAAACAAAAAAAAGGAAAGUGUUUUUUUUAACACACACAGGCAAGUUCCUGUGAUAGGGGAUUUUUUGUGUGUGUGUGUCUGGGUCUGAUUCUGCUGCUCUGCAUCUGGUGUAGGGAUUUCCACCAGAGCCGGACGCUGCUGUGAGCUGCAGAGCCGGUGAGAAUCGGUAGCCCUUUUGAGGAGCCCCUGGUGCCCCUGCCUGUGCCGGAGGGUGGAUGUGAAGUGAAACGGACGAGGUGCUGAAACUGAAACUGACCAGCCUCCUGUCUCCCCAGGCCUAGAGCAGAGGCUUCUCACUCCCUCAGGGCAGGCUGCUGGUGGUAGGACGGUUGUAGCUUUAUACAGAUGAUCCGUGACUCUACCCGAGAGCCUUCCGGGUGUCCUGAACAAGCCAUGUGGCCUUGCUAGCCUCCCGUUGCAGCUGGCAGGCUCUGAGCCUGCCCACUAGGUGCUACUUUUUCUCAGGCUUAAACACCCAAGUGCUAUUGAUCUCGGAGGGGUUGGUUGCCGCCAUGUGUGGCUUGCUGUGACUUAAACUUGCCACGCAAACUCCAUGCAGCCUGGCUGGGGCGGCAGGCUGGCUCUCAUCUUACCAGCAGGGGGUGCUAGGUUCCAGCAAGGGGAAGUUAGGCAUCCCAGGUUGGGAGUCCGUUUGGCAAGUGAUUCCUCCUCCUGGGAUCUCCUCCCAAGUUCGUCCCAACUUGGCUGGCCUGCCAGAUUCCUGCCCCCAGCCCCUCUCAUCUCCUCCCUAGUGGUCUGGAUCCUCAGGGGGCGGAGGCAGAGUUGCAGGUGGAAGAUGGCAGGAAAUUACCCAGGACGGGGGCGUGUCUGGCAAGCAGGCAGGGCUGGUGUUCACUAUACCCACCGUCUGUACCCCGGGCCAGAUUUCUCCAGGUUGCUCUGUUCCUGUCUAGGCUCUAAACCAAGGAAGGGACAGACUCUUUCCCAUAAAUCCUCUGCUCUGAGCUAAGCUGUGCAAACAGCCAAGCUCACAGGCCAAACCUGCCUGUUUGUUUGGGAGCCGAGACCUUCAGCAAAGCUGGCCGGAUCUUAUGGGCUGAAUUAUUUUAGGGCCAGAUUCUAAAAACCCAAAUAGGCUCCUGAAUUAUUAUUCUUCUCCCCCACCCCCUCAUGUUUCAGAUCCAUCUGCUAUUCUCUGCCCCUCCUCACUGGGCUGGGAAUGGAGCAGUGUUUAGACUAUAUGGUUUAAUUUCACAGCCCCACCCUAUAGGUAGGAAACAACGCCCCCCCCCCCCCCCACUCCCCCCUCAGCUCUGCAGCGUCCUCCUGCUGGCUGGCUACUCUCGUUGUCUUUCCCAGUUUAAACCUCUUCAGUUGUUUUGAAGAAAGCUACUAAUCUUUCAAAGGUAGAAGGCUUCCUCUGCUAGGCUAGCGUCGCUGGGCUAGUAUCUAAGGCAAAGAGUUUUCAAAGAUGCCUUGGGGGUGGAUUUGAGAAUCCCGCUCCAGUGGGAAUAGCUUGUUUUCCAUGCAACUGAUCAGACCUGUGCAUCUAAGGAGGGGGGUGGAAAGUGACAGAAUUUCUGCAUGUGUGGACGCUCUAUUCUGGAAUAAUUCAUGGGCUUCCCAAGCAGAGCAAUAGUUGUGGAACAAAAUUUGCUCUGAAAUGGAGCAGGGAAAUAGGGAGUAAUUCUGCAAGAGUUAUUCCAGUCAAUAUCCCUUCUCUCCCCCCGACCAGCCCUUCCUCAAAAAUGUAGGUUUGAAAAGCCUUAGUCUGUUUUUUUUAAAUUAUAUUUUAAACUAUUUAUUGUCUUUUAAAAAAAUCCUAUUUCUGAUAUUGGAACCAAAUCUUUUUAGAGGAGCAUAAACUUUUUAGUUUAUCCUGCACGCCGAAAUUCAGGACCAGCGCCUGCCUUAAGGAUCUGACUGUAACCAUGCUGAAUCUAACUUAUUGUGAAAUUGAUUUCUUGUUUAUUUAUAGUGGUUUCACUCUGCUUUUUUAUAGAUCUAUAAAAUUAAUAUAAUGGGUGAUUAUUUUUUUUUAAUGGAUUGUAUCUAUUUCCUGACUGUAAUAAAACUGUCUCUUUUUGUGCA